AGAACAGAAUGGCUUCUCAAACGUCAUUUGCUUCCACGUCAAAUAAUCAUCGUUAUCACUCUCACAACCGCCAACCGCCUACACGUCAGUGUUUCCCACGUCAUUCAUCCAGGCGGAUCAGCUCUUCUUCCUAUGCCGGUUCAACAACUCCAUCUACUGUCAGUGAACCAGCUGUACAAAAUGCGAAUGUGGCAGCUCCGAAUCUUGCAAAAAACCCGGCAGCCCUAUCAAGAGUGCAUGCAGGAGCAUCAGCAACGGGAACGCAAGAUUCAGCACCAAAGCUUCAGCCACUUAAUGGUACCAUGAAUAAUACAUGUGAUGUCUGGAGGCGCACAGAAGUUAAUCGCUAUGGUCAUAACGGCUGGCAUAACCAAGGCAACAUUCAAUUUCGCGCAUUGGAAGAGCAUCGAGUGUUAAAUGGUGAUGUCCCAAAGUCUCCUGGAUCCGCUCAAAUGCAUGUUCCAGACGCUUCUAUGAAUCAGUUUACACCCGAACAACAGCAGUGGAUGUAUCUUUCGCAGCAAACGCAAAAUUUCUUACCAUUUACGCAAAAUGUUCUUGCUGCACAAUUCAAAGAACACUAUCGUUUUCCCGAAACUUCUGGAAUCGCUUCUGUGCCAGGGAAUACGUGCGAAGAAAUCGAAAGAGAGCAGGCUGUACAGGCUGUGCCUCCAGAACGUUGUGCUCUAUGUCACCUGAACAAAAUUAAUCAAGAUGCACCAUCUUUACCAAACCCCGUCUCUUAUCCAUCGGUGCCUGCAGCUCCAGUGUUUAACAAUAACUGGCCUUCUUUACCUUUGGAGGGCCCACUUGAUCAGCAGGCUAUUUCGGUACUGCAUAAGAUGGCUGAAAGUCUUUACUAUGAAUUACACGGAUUGUAUUUGAUACCAAUCAAAAAAGAAGAAUGCCCCCUGAACGCAACUGGACAAUGUCCAUUCGGAUUUUCAUGUUUCUUUGAACAUCCGGAGAGGGGAACUAGCGAAAGUGAUAAGGAUAAAAGUUGUGAAGACGAAGAGUAAGAUAUCCUCACAAAAAAAAACGUUUUGCGCAGAAUCAUAAGAAAAAAUAUUCAGAAGUUCCAUUCUAGCCUUCAACAAUGGUUUUACUUUGUUUAUUUUGAUUAGACGUGGCCACAGUUAACUACAUAGUUUGUUGAAAGAUAUAAUAUCUUUUAGAUCCUUUCAUAACCUUUCGAAAUAGAAUUUCAGGUAUGUAAUAAUGAUUUAGGCACUUAGAUUAUCUUGUUGCUAAAGUGUCGUCGUCUGUUUCUUUAAUUUUGGCUCUACUUGUUUCAGUGGGCUGUGAGAACCCAAAUCGCAUUGUCCUCUGUAACAUUUCUUAUGGGUGCUUAACCAUUCUUUAUGAUUUAUCUAAAACUCCCGUUGGUUAUUCAGGUUUUGAAUUAGCCUAUUCAGCAGCUGUAGCUAUGUUAUUGCAAACUUUUUCUUGUUUGUCGCUCUCCUCUCAACAACUGCACAUCUUUCAUCACAUCACUUUUUGCAAUUUUACCGUUACGAGUAUUCCCGGUGCUUAUGUAAACCUCAAAUGUCUCAACCUCACCUUGUUGUUUUCAAAAAUUCUGUACGAUCAAAAACUGUUAAGCUUUCACUUUGAAAAUUUUUGCUGCUCUGUGUCAGAUAAAGAU